AUGGCUAUUGGUCACCGAAUAACAGCGCCCUACUCCGGCCACUUCGACCCCACGCGAUUUGUUACGUCCUGGGCCCUGCCUCCCAGCCUUCUGUUUGGCUACCGCGUACUCCUGGCCCUGUAUGCAUUUACGACCUUGUUUACCAUCUUUGGCUGGAACGCUACGCACGCCAGAUCUGAGGAAUCCCGGCAAUCCUUUUCCUAUUUUACCGUCUUGACGUAUUGGGGUCUUGCUUUCUAUUAUGCCUUCUCUGCAGUGCACACGGCCAGCUAUUGGCUCACGGGCACGUCGUUCCUGGCGCGUUGGCCCAAGCCGCUGCAGGUCGCCCACAGCAUGUUCUACUCCACCAUUGUCGUCUAUCCAUGGAUCGUAACCAUUGUUUUCUGGACUCUCCUUGCGGCUGAUUUCCCCACCACGUUCUCCAUCUGGUCCAACACGUCACAGCACGCUCUCAAUUCGCUCUACGCAUUUUGCGAAAUCCUCUUCCCCAGUACCACUAGAUUGCCCUGGCUGGACCUAGUGCCCGUUAUCCUCCUCUUGGCUUGUUACCUUGGCCUGGCCUACCUUACCCACGCCACUCAAGGCUUUUACGUAUACCCCUUUCUUAACCUCCAGAAGAACUCCUCAGGUGUUGUUGCUGGCUACAUCGUGGGCAUUCUUGUGGCGGCUAUCAUCGUUUUCGUCAUUGUGCGGUAUCUUAUCGCCCUACGCCUCUGGGUCACUGAGACAAAGCUUGGAAUGAGAGGCAAGGUCUCCCCACGCGCCACAACCAGAGCGGCAAAUGGAGACAUCCCACUCUACGACACUGUUGCAAAAUAAGUCGUUUCCGCGGGUUCGCAUCACGCCAUUCUCCGCUUUGCAUUCACACGUUCUUGUUCUUUACUGCCCCUAAUAUGUCCUGUACGAUAAAUCACGAAACCCUUUACUGACUCUGUUUCCCAGCUGAGUUUCAUAGUCACUUGGAUUUCUAUCACCGAAUACCAUUAAUUCCAAGUCAAUACACUGAUUUCAUUGCCAAGCAAUUGAACGCCUCUGC